AAUUUGUCGACGGACUGUAUACAAACCAACGUGUGUGAGCUGAAUCGGGUUAAAUGUAGAUACAAUUUUAUAACGCACCUUUAUUACUAUACUAAAUUAAAUGUUUGUGUUUGUGUAGCUAACGGAAGAGCGAGAUUUUAACACGUGGAGUAAACGAGUUGAAGAAGUUGCUAACUUGCUGCUUACAGCAGCUUUAAUGGACUAACAGCACACAUGACAUCACCGUUUUUUUCAGGAGCACCCUCAUGCUGAUCGGACAGGCCUGCAGAUUUGGUGGACGUGUCAGGUCUUGCUUUGUCAGAUCUUUGGCCCGUCUUUUUUCCAGUUCCAGCAACAUGGCCAAGAGCAAGUUCGAGUAUGUCCGCAACUUUGAAACAGACGACACUUGUUUGCGAAACUGCUACAUCGUUGUCAGACUGGAUGGGCGUAACUUCCACAAGUUCGCAGAGCAGCACAACUUUACAAAACCCAAUGAUGACAGAGCGCUGGGCCUGAUGACCCGCAGUGCGCGCUCUGUCAUGGAAGAGCUGGAGGAUAUUGUCAUCGCUUAUGGUCAAAGUGACGAGUUCAGCUUUGUUUUCAAGAGGACCUCCACCUGGUUUAAGAGGAGAGCCAGUAAGCUCAUGACCCACGUGGCCUCACAGUUCUCCUCCUCAUAUGUGUUUUAUUGGAAAGAGUAUUUUGGGGAGCAGCCCCUCUUGUAUCCCCCAGGCUUUGAUGGGCGCGUGGUCUUGUAUCCUAGCAACCGCAACCUCAGAGACUACCUCAGCUGGAGGCAGGCAGAUUGUCACGUAAAUAAUUUGUACAACACGGUGUUUUGGACUUUAGUGCAGCGGGGAGGACUCACCACAGCCCAGGCAGAGGACCGCUUAAAGGGAACAUUGGCUGCAGACAAAAAUGAGAUCCUGUUCUCUGAGUUUGACAUCAACUACAACAAUGAGUCUGCUCCCCACAGGAAAGGCACCGCUCUCAUCUGGGAAAAGAGAGACGAAACUGUCAUCAAACGCAUGAAGCUACCAAACGAAGAGGAGAAGGAGGUGGCCGUGACUCGCAGCAGGAGAAGGGUGCAGGCUCAUCACUGCGACAUCAUAGGAGAGACAUUCUGGGAGGAACACCAAGACAUCCUGGAGGACGACAAUUGUUAACAUACUUGAUGCAGUGUGGCCAAAACGGUUGAAGUGGACCCCAAAAAGCAGCAGACAGAUGAUAGAGCAGCUUGAUGUUGAACAUAUGCAUCAAACAACGUAUUACUCAUGAUGCUUAGUACGCUUGAGUCCCUUAAAAGAAGACUGAAGCCUCUGAUGAUUGACUUUGUACGAUCACUUUCUCACAGCCGGAGUACAUUCUUACGUAUUAAACUUGUUUAGUAAUGUUCCUGUGAAGUGGGACGUUUUCUGGUUAAGGCUGCCUGUCAUGUUGAAAGAGAAGCAGAUGAUCUCAUAAUCUUUUAGCAGUGGGUUCAGAGGACAUACACUGCAGUUUUGAUACUGACACAACCAUCUUGCCACACCUAGUCUGGUGCUUGUAGCUCUCCUAAAGUUGCUUUUCCAAAAAUACAUCCUCAUUUGAUAUCAUGAAUAACAUCCAGAAUACUACCUUCACUUGAUCUUUCAGCGUGUUUAACAUUACUCCUCUUGGUUUUUUUAUGUGCGUGUGGACGUUAUGAACUCAACUAUCCUUUUUCUUCAGGAAGCAGUGUUUCUAAUCUUUGAAUUUUAAUCUUUCGGGGAAGCUUAUCUGCAAAAUGUUCAAUAUCACUUACAGUUUGUAGUAAGACGGAGCAUAUCUGAGAGAGGAAUAAGCAGAGUGAAGCAGAAACCAAUACCUUGGCAGUAACGAGCGGCCUUGUCUUGCAGCCAGGACGCCAUUUAGAGAUGUGAAUGGAUUCGGUGGCCUGCACUGUCAUCAGUGCUAAGAAUACCUCACACACCCUGCGUACACUCUAUCCUUCUGACAUGUGGUCCGUGGCAUAUUUAUCAUCGCACUUAUAAAUGACCGCCUCAGUAUGAAUGGCUGCUGGAGGCUUGAAGUGGUAGAAGCCAACUGUAUUUUGAUACGGUAGUAGGCUGGGUUACUGUCAGGUAUUAGAGUUGUAUUUUUGGUCUCCUGACCUUGUUUGAAGCAUGCAGCUUCUCUACUGUACUUUAUGUAACCAUGAUUCAACUCUUCUUUUCACAUUUGGGAUCAAAUACUUUAGCAGGAGCCUGUUUGUUUUAAUAAGACUUUUAUAAUAAGUUAAUGAACAAUUACACCUAAAUCAAGUAAGAUUUACAAAGACACUUUAUGCCUGCAGGAGUUGCCUUUUUCCUAAUGACAUAAACUCACUGUGCUUAAGAUUACUUGGACUGUAGCCUACACCUACCAUGACUCGACAUAUGGCCUUGUAGUAUAGACAGUAUCUUAGAAACGCGAACGUGUUGAGGCAAGUAGUGCAGUUAUUUAAAGAGAGCAUGUGUUUAUAUGCAGGGUCUAAACUUAAUCCUGUUGGGCCAGUAGAUGGAAAGAAAAAAAAAAACAAAACGAAUGAAAUAGUGUACACAACCUCAAUAAAAUUGUGCUUUAAUAGUAAAAUAUUUCAUGUCCUUGGUUCUGAUUGGUUGCUUAACCACUGACAGCUGCGUUCACAUCAUAUUGUCCAGAAUGCAGCUACAAACAAGCCAGUGGGAUAAAAAUGUUAACAUAAGCCUUAGAGACGGCACAGAGGUGUCAACAAACUGAUGCCAACUUGGUUCAAAGCCACCAUCAUUGACAGGAACAGCUAAAUAACAGCCACUGUACUGUAAUGCAAUCGAUUCAUCUCAUUUAAAAGUAGAUACAUACUGUUUAGUUUUCAUUUGAUACAGUAAG